GGUCCGAGCCCCGCCGCCGUGUCGCUCGGCCUGGGCGUGGCUGUGGUGUCGAGCCUGGUGAACGGGUCCACGUUCGUGUUGCAGAAGAAGGGCAUUGUGCGCGCUAAAAGACGAGGUACUUCCUACUUAACGGACAUUGUGUGGUGGGCCGGCACAAUUGCAAUGGCUGUUGGCCAGAUUGGGAACUUCCUAGCUUACACUGCGGUCCCUACAGUCCUGGUGACUCCCUUGGGUGCCCUUGGAGUACCAUUUGGGUCCAUUUUAGCUUCUUAUCUUCUGAAGGAAAAACUCAACAUCUUGGGCAAGUUGGGGUGUCUGCUGAGCUGUGCCGGCUCUGUCGUGCUCAUUAUCCAUUCCCCGAAGUCUGAAAGCGUGACAACUCAGGCCGAGCUGGAGGAGAAGCUGACCAAUCCAGUGUUUGUGGGUUACCUGUGCAUUGUGCUGCUCAUGCUGCUGCUGCUGAUCUUCUGGAUUGCGCCUGCCCACGGGCCCACCAACAUCAUGGUCUACAUCAGCAUCUGCUCCCUGCUGGGGAGUUUCACUGUGCCUUCCACCAAGGGCAUUGGGCUGGCGGCCCAAGACAUCUUGCACAACAAUCCAUCCAGUCAGAGGGCCCUCUGCCUGUGCCUUGUGCUCCUGGCGGUCCUGGGCUGCAGCAUCAUUGUCCAGUUCAGGUACAUCAACAAGGCCCUGGAGUGCUUCGACUCCUCUGUGUUCGGGGCCAUCUACUACGUCGUGUUUACGACGCUGGUCCUGCUGGCUUCAGCCAUCCUCUUCCGGGAGUGGAGCAAUGUGGGCCUGGUGGACUUCCUGGGCAUGGCCUGUGGAUUUACAACUGUCUCUGUGGGCAUUGUCCUUAUACAAGUGUUCAAAGAAUUCAAUUUCAACCUUGGGGAGAUGAACAAAUCUAAUAUGAAAACAGACUAAGAUGCAGCCACGGGUUGGGGGUGUGAAGAACAGGCGGCAGAGGGGGUCCGUGGUUUUGACUAGAUGUCCAGUAGAAAGGACUCUCAGUGAGAGUUGCCUGUGCACUAGUGACCUAGUGAAUGCUAGGGAGCCUUGCUUCGCACCAAGGUGGGGUCCAGCCCUCUCCCGCACCAAGCUCCCAAUGGUUGUCUGGGUGUAAACUCUCUCUGAUGAGACAAAUCCUGUUUUCAUUUCCAUUAACCUAGAAGCUUUCAUAAUUACUUGUUUAAAAACAUUUCAACAUAAUUUAACCAGAUAAUAAGGGUGAGGUCUUUCUAGUUAGUCCUCGUAGGAGAGCAGACAUUCUUACCUAAGUACCUUGGGAAAGGAAGAAACUCGUGAAACCUGACCCUCUACAGUAAGUGUGACUGACGUUGUCUUCAUGUUAAGCAUGUAUAACAUUCAGAUAGUUUACUCAAAUAAGAGGUGUGUGAAUUGAGUUGUUUCUAGUCCUUUAACAACCUGACUCUCCCACAUGGUCCCUAAGACAGUGGUGAGCAGAGAGAGAGGAUUUCAUGAGGGGGAUGCAGUGUUCCAUUGACAGGGUGACUUUCCAAUUGCUCACAUCGAUUUUAGUGCCUUUAUCAUUUGGGUGACUUAAUUUAACUUUUGCUGUGUAUGUGUUACGUGUUCUAAUUAUAGAUAGUGUAAAGCACUUAGAAAAAGCAUUGUCUUCAGUGGAAGGUAGUGAAAACUACAGACACAUAAGAUUGCAGAGUGACCCAUUUCACUAUUGUUGUCCAAUUAAGGACAACUGAUGAAGUUCAGAGAGAUGUUUUAUUUACAUUUGACCUAUGUUCCUUGGAUCCAUUCUGAAAAACUGCCCGCUUUCUGUUUCAGGAGGCGUUGUGGCCAUUCAGAAGAAAUAAACUAUUAUACUUGACAAUAAGGUUGUUAAAUUAGAGAGUGUCUGUCAAGUACAUCCCACAAGAGUUUAGUAGAAGUCCCUCCAGACAGGAACAGGUAUCAGGACUGCUUCUACAAAGGGUAAUGUGUAGAUUCCUUCGAAGGGGCUUUCUAGCAAAGGUGAGAACAAUUUCGCCUUCCUGUUGUUUGACGUGGUAGAACCUCCUCAAGUUCUUACCAGGCAUCUUAUUAAACGUUCUGACUGUAGGCAAGACCCUGGGUUUGAUACCCUGCAUCAGAAACAAGCAGCAAGACAACACAGCCUUCUUAAGUGGAAAAUAACUGUAAAUCAUGCAGUGUUUUAGAUUAGAAACCAUUCUUCCAUCCAUAGUAGCCUUCCCAGCGCAUUAAAUUGGAGCAAGGUACAAAGUGAUGCAAUAUAGCAUUAUGUUGUGAUGUUCUAUAUUCCACAUGCUUUGUUUUAGAUAAAUGGAAUGUGCCAAGUUUAAAAAUGGGGAUGGAUAAAGUAAAUUAGCUGAGGUAGAACGUGAGUUUUAAUAAUACCCGAUUGAACUUCUCACUAAGACAAAAAUGUGCUUUCCCAUAUCAAAAGGGCAUUUCUAAAGUAAAGACCCAGAGAACAGUUCACUGAACCUUAGAACAAAAAGGGUAAAUAAAGUGCUAGUGUAACAUAAAGGAAUCUGGUUGUCUGGCUCGUUUGUCAGAUUCAAUGAAUUGAUCGUACGAAUGAUGACCUUGGUGUAUUAGUCAUUGAUUGUGAAGAACGGCGGCAAAAUGGUUUAAACAAUUGACAACCUUGCGCAAAGCAAUAGUUCGUACAUGUUCAGGUUCAUUCUUCUUUUGUAAAAGCGCUUGAUUUUUUUGAUCAUCAGUAUUAUUAGGAAUAUAAAUCUUAAUUUAUUGAAUUGGAAAGUGUUAUAUAGCAGGAGCGAUAUAAUUUUAAUAUUAAGGUAGUAAUAUAGCUAUACUAGUAUAAGGAAGACAUUUGUAAUGUGGAAAUUACCCUGUUUGUUUUGCUGCUUACUGUGGAGCUUAGUUUAAAUGCAUCUGUUGAUGUACCUGAGACUUUUAAUCCAUGAUUAUACACCAUGAGUAUCCAAAGGUAUUUUGUUGUGUGUCAAUCAAAAUUUCAUAGUACUAAUUGUUCUCCUAAGUUCUAGAAUAAGGAGAUCACCCAGGUUUCCAUCGAGUUGGCAGAUUGCUUCAGCAGGAUUCAUGCCUUUGUUCUAAAGGAACUCAUUGCUUUUCAGGUCUGAGAAUAAUGUUCUAGUAACCGUCAGGAAUCGGGUCUAAUUUUUAGAUUCAACAUUUUUUUUUUAUAGCUUCAGUACUAUGGUCAAAAUUUUUAGAUUUAACAUAGUGCACAUAUGUGUAUACUCUUUUAUAAAUUCAGUUUUCACAAUUCACUUGGAAAUGCAAAAGAAAGUAAGAAUUCCCAAGUAAGACCUUUGGGGGAAAGUCUAGAAUGCAAAGGAACCUCCUAUUGGUUUCUCCCGUAGGAAGCACUUUAAUUUGUGGGAUUUUAUUUCUGGUAAAACUUAAGAAAACAUGCCAACUAUGUACUUCUUUCAAGUCUUUAAACUCAUCAAAAUAAGAAAUGUUGGUAGCAAUGUAGAGAAUUCCUCUUGGAAGACAUUUAGGCCAUUUCUCUCCUUUUCUACCUGGACAAGGCCUUUGCUCAUAAAUAUCUUUACGUUUGAAAAGGUUGUUUUCUGUUUUGAGUAUUGAUCAGGUGUAGGAUCAGUGAGGCAUUCCUGCUGGAACCCAGAUGCAGGAUGCCAUCUGGAGCAUCUUUCUAGUCUGCACAAAGGCUGUGUCUAUGGAGGUUCUUGAGGGGAAAGACAUAACUGCCCACACUGGGACCUUUGGAGAAGAACAGUUUUCCAGUGUCCUAGCUAUCACUAAGACUCUCAUUACAAUUGUUGCUGUUAGAAUCUCAGUAAAAUACAUUUGGCUGCUGCGUGUUCAACAGUAGGGUCCUGUUAAGUAAGGUCCUGUGUCAGCCAUUUUGUUCUGCUUUAUUUUAUUUCCGGCUCAUCACAGAGAUAAUGUAUUGAUGUUUUCCUUCAUUAAGUUUCAUGUCUGUUUUCUUAUUUCUUGUUGUGGUAUUUGGAAGUUGAGUGCUGAGCAUUGUGUGUGCUAGGCAGAGUUUUACCUUGGAGCUACACCCUAGCCUGCUCGUGUCUACUUUAGAUAGACCCGUAAACAAACGUGCAGCGGCAGAGCCUCUUCCUUUGUCCCCACUCAGCUGCUGGUAAAUGCUGUGCUGGACUUUUUGAAACUGGUCUCCAGGUGUCUGUCAAGUACUCGGAUGCAGUGCUUUCUAGAUGUGGAAAAACAAAUGGUCUGUGAAAACAAGUAUGGAAGAGCAUCGGCUACUGUCCUGCUGUAUAAUUUGCUUUCUCUUUACCCCUUAAAAGGGGUCAUUUCAUGUAUCCCAGGCUGGCCUUGAACUCCCAAUCGUAUUUCUUCAGCCUCACUGCUGGGAUUACAGGCAUAUGUCAUUACACUGGGCCUCCUGAGUAUUAUCAUUUUUGUUGGCAGUGAUGCUUUUCUUCUACACUGAUCUAGCAGAGCAGAGUUCCUCUCUGACGCCUACUUGGUCUUGGUCAGUAUUCUCGUGACCUUUAGGAAGACCUCAUGACUGUAUGAAUGAAAUCUAAGGAAGUAUUCUCAGUGUGUCUGACACCAAGGAGCUUGCUCAUCUCUUAAACAGGACGGGGAGAAUCUUGGUGUUAAGCAUUCUCAGGGACCAAAACUGUAUUAUUAGUUCCUUAGCACAGACUUUCUAAGGACAUAGCCACAUUUUUCCUUGGUUUUAUUUACUCAUGGCAAGAUUCUGUUGAGUUGACAAAAGGCCACUUGGCACACCAAUCCCAUUACAAGCCAGUUUACCACACAGCAGGCCUAAUCUUUUUGUAUUUCUCCUUGACACAUGACAGAUGUUACUGGUGAAUUUUAAGAAUAUGUUAUUUAGCUCUUAAGUGAUUUUUCACAUCUGGCAAGAUUCAUAUCAUAUAUUAUUAAGAAUUAUAGGGAUAGUAAUGAGCAUUUGGUCCAAUAUCACUACUCAUUUUUGUCAUACACAUUUUUCUUAUGUUAUCAAAUGCAACAAAAGAAUAUUUUUUAAAAGUAAUAGCUGUUGCAUCAAAAGAUAUCUAUUUAAAAAAUUGAUAUUCUGUAGAAAAAGAUGACCAUGUAAAUAAACAUCUAUUUCAAAUGUACCCAAAGUAAUUUAAAAGUAUAGUCAUAGGCCAUGGAUUCAGUAAGGAUUUAUUUAUUUGUUCAUUUUUAAAGAUUUAUUUUUAUUUCAUGGUUGUGUGGGCAUUUUCCUACAUGUGUGUAUGUGCAUCACCUGCAUGCAGUACCGGCUGAGACCAGAAGAGGGAGCUACCACUGCUUGUUCAUCACCACACUGGCUCUAGGAACCCAACCUAAGUCCUCUGCAAAAAUAGCAAAUGGUCUUAAGCACUAAGCCAUCUCUCCAGAUCCAGAGGACUUAUUUUUUUUCUUUUCCCAAUAUUCUCCCGAUUUGUGAAAAUAUGUGUAAGUUUUUUAACCUUCCUGUGCCUCAGUUUUUCUACCUCGAAUGUUGAGGGCAGGUUCUUCAGGUUGAUGGAUUUUGAACUGAGAGUGUGUUUGAUCGUACUCUGGAAGUUGUAGGUAGGAGGACAAUGCUGAGAACUGCUCUGGAACAUGUGUGACGAAACUCAGCUUGCAGACUUUGGAGCCUGCUCGAGAUGCCUGAAGAGCAUGGAGCCUUGAGCGCCAAACAGCUAAAGGGAACACUGGGUAUUAAGUUUGCAUGAUUCGGUAAGACUUCAUCUUGUUGUACAAUGAGGAAAUAAAACAUGGACUUCAAAAAGAAAACCAUUGAAAGAUCAAAUUAUGACAGCGCGAUAGUUCCUUUAUGUUCUACUUUGGUUUCUGUGCUGCAUGUGUGCCCCAUCGAAUCUGUUGCCUUGAGUUUGACAUGAGAAACACUGAACUUCCUGCUUUUACGCACCUUAGCCCUGAUGCCGAAUUGUCUGAUGCCAGGGAAAUGUCAGGAGCUCCCUAAACACUAAUGCCAAAGAGUCUCCUUGAAGAAUUCAGAUUUCCUUUGUUAGAAGACCUUGCAUUUCGCUCCUCCGGUGUUUGUGCACUUUACAAAAAUUUAAAACUGUGGCUCUUUAGUUGUGUUCCUUGUUUCCUUUUUAAGAGGAUAAUUUUUAUUUCAUCAUGAAAUUAAUAUAAUGAGAGAAAGAAACGGAGAUCAAAAAGAACAUCAAAUGUUGGUUGCAUAAAAGGUUUUUUUCCUAACAUAAACAUAGUAGGGGAAAAUGUUUCCAGUUAGUUCACAUACAUAAUAAUCAGUGUCUAAGACUCGCGUAUAUUUUGCUUCAUAGAAGUAGUCAUAGCAUGUUAUAAUUGCCUUAUGUAAUAAAAAGGCUAUUAAGUUUUCCAAUAAUAUUUAUUAUCCUGUAUAUGUUUUAAAAUAAAGUGACAUUUCUAGCUGA